UCAUAAUAAAUAAGUGCUCUAAUACUAUUAUUAAAAUUAUUAAUAAUUAAAACAAAACAAAAAUGUGGUUAAAAAAAAUAAUAACAAUUUUAUUGAUAUGAACGAGGGAAAAAUAAAUAUAUAUAUGUAUAUAUAUAUAUUCGGCCAUUUUGCUAAUAUACAAGAUAGCGAACGAAUAGGAAGAGAGUUUUAGUUUAGUCGUUUUAUGAAGAGGUGGUGGCAGUAAAAUCUGUAAUUACAAGUGGAAGUGGACAAGCCCGAUUGUCGUCCACGAGAAGAGUGUCAUCAGGACGGAAAUAAUUAACGGCGUAAGCCGCGGUGAUACGUCUUCUCCACGCUGACGAUAUACAUAUAAAUAAAUUAAAAUGGCUGGUAACAUGGGUAUGGAACAAUUGAUUCCAAUUGUUAAUAAGCUCCAAGAUGCUUUUACUCAACUUGGAGUAUCUAUGCAAUUGGAUCUUCCCCAAAUUGCGGUUGUCGGUGGUCAAAGUGCGGGAAAGAGUUCAGUACUGGAAAAUUUUGUUGGAAAAGACUUCCUGCCACGAGGAUCAGGCAUUGUAACAAGAAGACCACUCAUUUUACAACUCAUCAACAGCACUACUGAAUAUGCCGAAUUUUUACACUGCAAAGGCAAAAAAUUUGUGGAUUUUGAUGAAGUUCGUAAAGAAAUUGAAGCAGAAACUGAUCGAGUUACAGGAAGUAAUAAAGGAAUAUCAAAUGUACCAAUUAACUUGAGAGUAUAUUCACCCAAUGUAUUGAAUUUGACUUUGAUUGAUUUACCGGGUCUUACAAAAGUGCCAAUUGGUGAUCAACCAGCUGAUAUUGAAAAUCAAAUUAAAGGAAUGAUAUUUCAAUUUAUAAAAAAAGAAAAUUGUCUUAUAUUAGCAGUUACACCAGCAAAUACUGAUUUAGCUAACAGUGAUGCUUUAAAGCUUGCCAAAGAAGUUGAUAUUCAAGGUGUUAGAACAAUUGGUGUUAUUACUAAGCUGGAUCUUAUGGACGAAGGUACAGAUGCACGAGAUAUUUUGGAAAAUAAAUUAUUACCGUUACGACGAGGAUACAUUGGUGUUGUUAAUCGAAGUCAGAAAGAUAUUGAUGGAAGAAAAGAUAUUAAAAAUGCAUUGGCAGCUGAAAGGAAAUUUUUCCUUAGUCACCCGUCCUAUCGACAUUUGGCAGACAGAUUGGGAACACCAUAUUUACAACGUGUCCUUAAUCAACAAUUGACUAAUCAUAUUCGAGAUACUUUACCUGCAUUACGUGAUAGAUUACAAAAGCAACAGUUGGCAUUGGAGAAAGAUGUUGAACAAUAUAAACAUUUUAGGCCCGAUGAUCCUGCUAUUAAAACAAAAGCUAUGUUACAGAUGAUUCAACAACUGCAAUCAGAUUUUGAGAGAACUAUUGAAGGUUCUGGAUCCGCUCAAAUAAAUACAAUGGAAUUGAGUGGUGGUGCUAAAAUAAAUCGAUUAUUUCAUGAAAGAUUUCCUUUUGAAAUUGUUAAAAUGGAAUUCGAUGAAAAAGAACUGCGUAGAGAGAUUGCAUUUGCAAUCAGAAACAUUCAUGGUAUUAGAGUGGGACUUUUCACUCCUGAUAUGGCUUUCGAAGCAAUUGUAAAGAAACAAAUAAAUAGGUUAAAAGAGCCAAGUUUAAAGUGUGUUGACCUAGUCGUGCAAGAACUUAGUAAUGUUGUGCGCAUUUGUACAGAUAGGAUGUCACGUUAUCCUAGAUUAAGAGAAGAAACUGAGCGAAUAAUUACAACUUAUGUUAGACAACGAGAGCAGCUUUGUAAAGAGCAACUUAUUCUUCUUGUUGAUUGCGAGUUGGCUUACAUGAAUACUAAUCAUGAAGAUUUCAUCGGUUUUGCCAACGCGGCCGCCAGUAUUUAUAAUUCAAGCGCACAACAAUCUUCUGAAAAUGCUGUUAAAGCUGGACGUCAUACACUUGGCAAUCAAGUUAUUCGUAAAGGAUACAUGUGUAUUCAUAAUUUAGGUAUUAUGAAAGGUGGUUCAAGAGAUUACUGGUUUGUUUUGACAUCUGAAAGUAUUUCUUGGUUCAAAGAUGAAGAGGAACGUGAAAAAAAAUACAUGUUGCCAUUGGAUGGAUUAAAACUUCGUGAUCUUGAACAAGGAUUUAUGUCACGACGUCAUUUAUUCGCGCUAUUUAACCCCGAAGGUCGCAAUGUUUACAAAGAUUAUAAACAACUUGAGCUUAGUUGUGAAACUCAAGACGAUGUUGAUUCUUGGAAAGCAUCCUUUUUACGGGCUGGUGUCUAUCCUGAGAAAUCAACUGAACAGGCUAAUGGCGAUGGCGAGGAAGGAUAUGAGGGUGGUAGUGAAGGUCAAUCUUCAAUGGAUCCUCAAUUGGAACGUCAAGUUGAAACGAUAAGAAACUUGGUCGACUCAUACAUGAAAAUAGUUACAAAAACUACUCGUGAUCUUGUUCCAAAAACAAUAAUGCAUUUAAUAAUCAAUAACGCCAAGGAUUUUAUAAAUGGAGAAUUAUUAGCUCAUCUAUAUGCCAGUGGUGAUCAGUCUUCUAUGAUGGAAGAGUCACCAGAAGAAGCUCAGAAACGAGAAGAAAUGUUGAGAAUGUAUCAUGCAUGCAAAGAAGCUUUACGUAUAAUUGGAGAUGUAUCAAUGGCAACAGUAACAACACCUGUGCCACCACCAGUGAAAAAUGAUUGGCUUGCAUCGGGUGAAAAUCCAAGAUUAUCACCACCAUCACCAGGAGGACCUAGACGGGGUGUAACUCAACCUCCACCACCAGCUAGUUCACGAGCACCUCCACCAGUACCAGCAGGUGGUCGACCGGCUCCAGCUAUUCCCAACCGGCCUGGACCUGGUGGCCCACCACCAUCACGUGGAACACCUGGGCUUCCACCUCCACUAAUUCCAUCUCGAGGAGGUAUCCAACAAAGAGUGACUCAAGCCGCGACACAAGCUGCUGCUAAUGCCGCUGUGAACGAGCUGAUGGAUGCAUUCAGGAUCAAGUAAAUAAACGCAAUACGAUGGCUUUUAAUAUAAUUAAUAAAUGAUUUAAAAUUUUAAUCGAAAAAUAUAAAUGAACAUAAUUAAAAUUUUCACUUGUCGUAAUAGACAUGUUCUGCAAAUUCUAAUUUACAUUUACGUAUUACGGUAGACUAUUCAGAGGGACUAUUGAGAAUGCACUAAUACUUUAUUUUUAUUUAUUUAUUUCAUUUUUUAUUUUUUUUAAUUUUCUGUUCUUGAAAAUAUAACAAGUUUGCAAAUAACUGCUAUUUCUAUUUGCAUGUCUACAAAUUUAAUAAAUGGAGUAGGCUUCUUUUUUAAUUUCGUUACUACAACUAUAAAUAGCAUUACAUUUUCACAAAAACAUAAUUAUUUAAAUUUAUUUAUUUAGUUAAUGUCCUGAAAAGUCUACCAGAUAGAUAAACUUUAGUAUUAUUAUCGUGUUUUAAAUAAUAUUUACACUAAUUGUGUUAAAUAAUUCCAUAAGCAUUUAUUACAGUGUUAUUAAAACACAGAUUAAAAGGAUGUAUAAAUUAUUAGAAACAAUAAAAAUUUAUUGUAAAGAAAAAAAAAAAAUAAAGCUGUCAUGCUGUUAGACUUUCAUGCUAUAAUAUACAUAAAUAUAUAAAUUGUUCAAGUACAUUACUAGAAAAAAGUGUUGAGAUAAACACUGAGAGCUACUAUACGCGUUAAUCGGAAUUUUAUAAUAUUUUUUUUUAUCAAUCGUUAUUUUUUUUACAAUCAUGUUCUAUUAUUUAUACACAAAUUUAUUCCCAUAUUGAUGCAUUAAUAUUGGCAUUGAUUCAUCAAUAGUUUAUUUAAACAAAGUAAAAUAAAAUGUUAUUAAAAUAUAUAAUACAUAAAAAUAAUGUUGCAUUUGAAAUAUUUAAAUAUAUUUUAACUAAUUGUAUAUGGACAUAUAUAUGAAUAGUUAAUGUUAAAUUAAAUCAAUAAACUUCAUUAAAAAUAUUUUUAAAUAAAAUUAAACAUUAAAUAAUUAAUUAUUUUAUUAAUUCAUAUAGAAUUUUUUUUGCUGGGCCUAAUAUGUUUUUUUUUUAAAUCCAUUUAAAUGUACAUAAAUUUCCGAUUACGCAUCAAUGAAUAUUAUAAAGAAAAAAAAACAGAUAUAAUUUAUUUUCUGAUGGAAAAUGAUAAUAAUAAAAAAAAAAAAAAAAAAGAGAAAAAAAAAUAAAUGAGUGAAAUGUUUCACUUUAAUCAGAAAUAAAUUAUUGUAAUGUUAUUGUACAGUGAAAAUUAGUACAUCUAUUCCAUAUAUUCCAUGCACUGGUAUACCUGAGUUGAUUAGAUCGAAUAGGAGAAAAAGACAUUUAAUAAAAUAAAUAAUUACAUUGCAAAGCUAUAAUUAUAACGAUAAUUGUUGUUGCAAAUUUAUGAUUACAUUGUCAUGUCCCACGUUUGCUAGCUAAUAGUGUGCGUUGAUAUUAGUUUUUAAAUUUUGACAUUACGAUAUAUUAUUUUAUAAAUAAUAAUAAUUAAAAAUGUCUAAGUAAUUUGUAGGUACUAAUUUUUAGUAUGGGGCAUAAAAAAAGCAUAUCAAGUAGCUAAUUUUAUGUGUAUACUAAUGCACUUUUUAUUUAUUUUUUUUUUUAUUUUAGUUAAUAUUUAACAACGAAAAUCAUUUUACUUUAUUGAACAGGAGGUUAUACUGAAUUUAAUUAAUUAAUUAUUUAUAAAUAAAAAUGUAAAAAUUUAGUAUCAUUAUUAUCUGAUAAACAUUAGCAAUAAUAAAAGUAUUAAUUAUGAUUAAAAAAAACACUUAUUGAUUAAUUUAUCAAAUUAAAUCAUAUCUUUUUUAAAUGAUAUCAAGUAAUACAUCAAAGUAUUUAUUUUAUUUUAAUUUACAAUAAUAUUUUUAAUUUAGUAGUAUUUUUUUUUUAACACUAUAAAUUUUUAGCUAAAAUAAGCUGUGAUAUUUAUUUUCGACUUGUCGUUAAUUUAUUUGAUCAUAUUUCAUAUGUAAUAAUAAAUAAAUAAAAAAUUUCAGUUUAACUUCCAGUAAAAAAAUAAUAAAACUAUGUUCAAUAAAUAUAGCUAUUACUUUAUCGUUAUAGUUUUUUUUGUUGAAUUUAAUUUUAUAAAUGGUGACACUGACAAGUCAAUUAAUCGAAUAUGAAUUUAAUAAAUUUAAUGUUUGAAUAAAUAAUAAAACUUUAUGAUAUACAUACACUUGCCUACUUUACAUACAAUAAAAUAAAAAAAUUAAUAAAUAUAAAAUAUGCGGUUGAAAUUUUAUGAGGCUGCAAACCCAAUUAAUAUAUUACUGUAAUAGCUUCGCUAUCAUUGAAAUAUAAUGCACUGAAUUUAUCACUUGCUUGAAUAACUAUGUAAACAUAAUUAACAUAAGAAAAGAAAAAAAAAUUAUUAAAAUAUGUUUAAAGUCUAGUAGGUCUAUUAAAUUCAAGAUUUAUAUAGUAGGUAUAUAAAUUUAUACGUAUUAAAGUGAUCGUAAAAAUUAAAUUGUUUUCAGGUACCCUCUAAAAAGUUUCUUUGUUGCAUAAAAAUAUAGGGGAUUUUUUUUUUAAUUUAUAAUAAAUAAAAAAAACGCGUCACAAAAAAAUCAAAUUUUAUUUUUACAUGAAUCCGCAGUUUUUUGAAAAUAUCUCACAAAAUAUCCGUAUUUAACAAAAAUCUUAUAUAAAUGGUUUUAUAGGAAAUUCAAUUUUCUACUAAAAAUAUCCUAUCAAUUUUUUUUUUAAAUGUAUAUCCUUAAAGGUAUUCCAAAAACAUGAGUGAGAUAUUGCUGUUAAUUAUUAAGAAAAUAAUUUUAUUUAUUAAUUACUUUUGUACAUGUAUUUAUCAAAAAAAAAAAAAUUAUUAAAAAUUUCCAUCAUUAUUUUCAAAAUAGUUCUAAAAAUUUAUCGUCAACGUUAUCUGAGGGUGGCUUUAAGCUAUAUUUUAUAAGAUUUUGAUCAAUUAUUUUAAAACUUUCCUGUAAGUGGCACUGAUUUACAAUUUUUUGAAUUACCGUGACACCUCAAAAUAUGGGGAUAAAGUUUUUUUUUUUAAACUUUGUUUUUCCAUUCUGUCAUAAUAAACUACAGGAAAAUUACUCGAAAUGAAAUAUUUUGGAAAUAAUUUCGUAAAAAAAUUCAUGACAAUUAUUAAUGAUUUAUCAGAGAUAAAGUUUAUAGGAUUUUAUUGACUAUAUUUUUUUGUCUUGGAUAUUAAGACUUGUUAUCUAUAAAAUGUACCACCCUAAUAUAUAUCUGUAUAUAUAUUAUAUAAUGGUAUAUAUAAAUCUUGAAUUUAAUAAAAUUUUCCAAAAUUGAAUGACUAGAUCUAAAAAAAAUAUUGUAGAAGAUAAUAUUAACAGUUGAAUAAAAAAUUAGUAAUUCAAGAGUAUAUAUAUAUAUAUAUAUAUAUAUAUAUAUAUAAACAUGUAUGUAUAUAUAUAUUAUAGUGAUGAAAAAAUAGAUUGUUGAUGUAAAGGAAUAAAUUAAAAAAAAAUUACUCGUUUGAUUUUUUUUUUUUUUAAGUUUUAAAAAACAUUUCAAAAUGUUUUUUUCUGAAAAUAAUGUAUUUACUCAUCGAUAAUGAAACACGCUUAGUAAUUUAUGGCAAUGAAAACAAAAAAAAAUAACUAUUUCAAGCGAUAUAAACGCUUUCAUUUGAUAGCCUUACAUUCCAUGCACUGCGGAAGUUAUUUAAAUGUAAUCCAUCAUUUAUUAAAUCGAUUAUAAAAACACGCGAAAUAAAAAA